GCUACUAUCUCGCUCUAUCAGUGAUCUGACGUCUGAAUACAUUUCAUCAGUGGAUUCCUACAGUUACCCUGCAGCCAUGCGGAGACGGAUAUUAAACGGCCAUACCAAUGCAUCAUGACGAUCACAGACACUUCUCUGUACAGUCCACAGAUAUCUACGUCGCAUUACCAUUCAAUAGAUUCUUAAUACAGCAUAUUUCCCUCAUGUUCCUGCUAAUUCAAUACCUCAAUGGCUAUGGCCACAUCCCGACACAUCUCCGAUAGUGGAGGGUUAGCCCGCAGUGGGGUUCUCGGAGUCAUACUCGGUCGGCAUACGGAGGCUAACAUACGUCGAUCAAUUCUUUCUCACUUACACCAAAUUCUCUCCCGUCAAUUCAACGCUCAGCAUAGCCUUCAACAUGGCUAAUGAUCAUAUCCUCACCCUGUCAUGCCCUGACAAGUCCGGCAUCGUCUAUGCCGUGACUGGCAUCUUUGCCGCCAACAAGCACAACAUUCUCGACCUCCAGCAAUUCUCUGAUCCCGUUUCCGAGCGCUUCUUCAUGCGUGUUCACUUCGGACCUACCGAGACCGAAUCCACCGAGCACCUCGUCGAAGCUUUUGAUAAGCUCGCUAGCGAGUACAAGAUGGACUACGAUAUCCGACCCGUCGCCCGCAAGACCCGUGUUCUCAUCAUGGUCUCCAAGAUCGGCCACUGUCUGAAUGACCUCCUCUUCCGCAUGAAGACCGGCCAACUGCGCAUGGAAGUCCCCGUCAUCGUUUCAAACCAUCCCGACUACGCCGCCCUCGCCGAGAGCUACGGAAUCGAGUUCCACCAUCUCCCCGUUACAAAAGACACCAAGGCGCAGCAAGAAGGCCAGAUCCUCGAUCUCUGCAAGAAGCACGGCAUUGAGCUCAUCGUCCUAGCCCGCUACAUGCAGGUUCUCUCGCCGACGCUCUGCGAAGCCAUGUCCGGACGCAUCAUCAACAUCCACCAUAGUUUCCUGCCUUCUUUCAAGGGCGCCAAGCCUUACCACCAGGCUUACGAGCGCGGUGUGAAGAUUAUCGGAGCUACUGCUCACUUUGUGACUGCUGAUUUGGAUGAGGGUCCUAUUAUUGAGCAGCGGGUUGCUCGUGUUGAUCACAGCAUGAAUCCUAAGGAGUUGUCUGAGGAGGGAUCCAAUGUUGAGAGCCAAGUACUUGCUGCUGCUGUGCGGUGGUAUGCUGAGAGGAGAUUGUUCCUCAAUGGACACAAGACUGUUGUCUUUAAUUAAUAAAAGUUUGAUUUGACUUUGACGAAGUUCUAUGCGAACUAUGGUGAUGUGCAUGAAUCGUUGUGUUUACCUAUGACUCUCGAGGCGUCUGUAUGCGGUGAUAGUGAACGAGCUGUUACCAAUCCCCGAAUAGCUCAGCUGGAAGAGCGUUCGGCUGUAACUGAUAUAUGACACCGAAAGGUCACUUGUUCGAUCCAGGUUUCGGGGAUUUCUUUUGCUGUUUGUAGCAUUUGACUGUUGUCUUCGUUCGGUCGUGAAGGUCUACUUUUUUUCCCCACAAACUGAAACACAAUUUGGCGACCGCAAUAGAAAGAGUAUUUACAGGA